AUGGCUCUUCAAUCUUGCCGCUCCGGCCUUUUGCGGAGCAGACAAGCCGCUCGCACACUUAUGCCAUGCGUGCGAACAUACGCCACCGACUCGACACCCGAAUCCUUCAAAACCGCAAGUCCUUCCGAUGCCGCCCCACGAUGGAGUCAGACACCUCCCGCCAUGAAGGCUCCCAUACAGCUCGACUUCGCAAAGAACCCUAAAAACAAGAUCUGGAACGUCAACAACGACCCUAAGAAGUUGGAUGAGGUGUACGAGCGUCUACUGGGACCCGGCGGCAGCAAGCUUUUGCCUGAGGAGAUUAAGUGGUUGGCUGUUACGCAUAAGAGUUUCGAUCAGGGAAGAAGAGGAUUUAACGAUCGAUUGGCGCUUUUCGGACGAAUGACCCUCGUCAUGGAGACGACAAAGACGAUCGUUGCUAAGGACCCUGUCACAAAGCCAAAAAAGGAUGGUUUCGAGCGAGAACCGUUCCUACAUCCCAGCUUGCAGUCGGUCGAUAACCUGUCUCAUAUCGGAGCUAAGGAUAUUGCUGGCAAGUCAAAUCUAUCUACUCUCGCAGCCGACGUGGGGUUGAUCGACGUUGUGAGAUGGAAGCCUCGAAAGGUGUCAAACCUCCGGGCUUCCGGUGUUGAUGUCGUGCUCAACGGUGCGAUCAUGGCUAUCAUUGGAGCCGUCACCCUGCAACACGGAGGAGCUGUAGCAUCACAGGUUGUCAGGGAAAGGGUAUUGUCAAGACUACAGGAAGACGCAUAG